CCCACUGACUGUGUGCUCUGGGUUGAUGGGGAAGAUGCUCUCUGGCCAAUCGCAUCUCUGUCACACGUGCUACCUACAGGCUAAGCUUCGGUCUCGGCCACGCAACCAACUCAACUUUAGUCCUCGAUGCACGACGUCCUUCCCUCCAACCAUCACCAGGGGAUUUUCUUUAUCUUUUUUUCUUACAGCUAAGACAGGCUUAGUACAAUAGCACCUCCGUUGCAAUCUGGAGUAUGGCCUUGGGCAGCGACCUCAAGGAUUUGAAACCACUUACCUUCACGGAAGUGGACGAAGUCAACCAUCCUACAGUCACCUAUAUCUAUACCGAGUCAACUGACUCUAAUCCAUCAAAUCAUGACAAGUGCCGUGCAAGUAGCGGGCGCAUAGAUCUUCUGCGUAACCCUUCUAACACACCAACAACACCGUGGUCUUUCAAGGCACUGCUAGACACCCUCGCCGAUGUUUUUCUUCCCACGGGCUAUCCGCAUAGUGUGACUGAAGACUAUACCUACUAUCAAAUAUUCGACUCCCUCCAGGCAUUCAGUAGCUCGAUCGCUGGCCUCCUGUCGUCCAGAGCAGUUUUACAAGGCGUGGGCGUGGGCAACGCGGAUGCGUCGCCAACCUCAGCUUUACUUCUUCAUAUCCUCCAAGACUCAUCCGGCCGCAUUGCGACCAUUCUCUUCGCGCACCGGGUCGGUACCGCUCUGGAGCCGGAAUGCAAGAAGUACCGACUUGCUGCUGACGUCUUCAACGAUCUGGCCAUGAUCCUCGACUGUCUAUCACCCAUAAUCCCGGCAGGUGCUCUCCGAGUCAUUGUACUCAGCACGGCCGGCGUUCUUCGCGCCCUAUGCGGCGUCGCAGGCGGAAGUUCCAAGGCGAGCCUGAGUGCGCACUUCUCUAAAUGGGGAAAUCUGGCGGAGGUCAAUGCCAAAGAUUCAUCGCAAGAGACUAUCAUCUCGCUCGUUGGCAUGCUGGUUGGCUCUUUCGUCGUCUCGCAUGUGACUGGUUUCGCUGCAACGUGGAUCGCCCUCCUUAUGCUUCUGGCGCUUCAUUUGAGUCUGAACUACGCAGCUGUACGCUCUGUCCAAAUGACCAGUCUAAAUAGGCAACGGGCAAACAUUGUCUUCUCCACCUUGGUCAGCUCUGACGAGGAUUUCAUGCGCUUCAUGGACCAUAGCCCCGGCACUAGUCCUAGCACCCAUAGCGAACCACUUUUCCAGACGACAACAACUUCCUUCCCACAAAACCAGAAUGCAGUUCCCUGGCGACUGCAGAUCCUCACCCCAUCCCAGGUCGCGAAACACGAGAAGAUUUUCGAGGAAGACGGCAUCCUCAGAUGGACUAUCCCAGAGACCGUCGCCGCACGCCAUCUCCAUUCUCGCCCUAUCGGCACCUGCCGUAUCGGCGUCUCCCUCUCCCAAUUCCUCCCCGGCCCCUCAUCCUCUUCCUCCCUUACAGUCAGGACCAGCCGAUCCUCCCAGUCCCUCAAGACCGGCAUCCCCCUGCCGCACCUCUCCGCCCUCUUCACAGACGAACGUUACAUCCUCUUCCUCGAGCCUGGGAAGAAGAACAAAUGGCACGCCAACAUCCUUCUGAAAUCCACCUGCACCCCACAGUCUCAACUGAAAGGCUGGUUGCACGCCUUACUCGCGGCACGAGUGCUUUCCUGCUCUGCCUCGGUCCCUUCGUCUAGGAGAGGAACCGAACCGGAGAAGAAUAAACGCAUCAGCUCCAUUCUCGACAUUCUCCACCGAACACUCUCUUUUCUCAAUCGAGACGGCCGAUUCGAGCGGUACAUGGCUGCUCUCGAAGACGCAGGGUGGGAUCUCACCGUUGGGGCGCUGGAGACGAGGCCAGGGAGGAGAAUUGUGGGCUAGAAAGGGGAGCCAGUAAAUCACAAGAUUGGUUUGCAAUGUCCUUUUUGCGGCCAUAGGGAGACCACUAGCCUCAAGCAUAGUCCAUGCUCCCAUAGAUUUAUUCAGAGGGCGGGGCAUCCGCUGUGCUAUUAUAUAGCUUUCUCGCCCGAGCAUGGCCUUGGGAGGUAUACAGUCGGGAUGCUUGGAUAUGUGCCUGUGAGAUCCAUCCACGAAGCCUUCGAGCCUGUAUCUUCUGCAAU